AUGUCUCUCCCCCGAGCGAACUACGAUCCUCGCCGGGUCUGCCUGAAUCCCUUCCCUGCCCUCAACAUUGGGAAGCACAGACGCACUAUUGGGAUUUACCUCGCGGGUGGCCUCUUUGCGCUCGCGAACUGGACAUUCCUUGACGCCGCCAUCCUCUCCGCACAUGCACACUCACCAUAUGGCGAGCCGGACAUCCCGCCGCCCGUGCACGUCACCUUCGUCGACUGGGUCCCUGGAAUCUGCUCUCUACUUGGAAUGCUUGUCGUCAACCUCAUUGACAAGGACAGGGUGCGCGGAGAGGAGGGGUUUGGCGACAGCGGGGCAGUCUGGCGGGCGCGCCUGAUCCUGUUCAUUGGGUUCGCGCUUAUGGCUGGUGGACUUGCGGGCAGUGUGACAAUCCUUGUGCUCAAAUACAUCCUCCCAGAGUACACGGAACAGUACACGUACUACGGCUACGCGAACGUCUCGCAGAACGUCGCGCUCAUGCUAUCGGCCGUUGUGCUCUGGAUCUCGCAGAGUGUCAGCAGCGAGUAUGAAUAUAACCUCGCCAUUUGA